AUGACCGACAACUCCCAGAAGCCUAACGCACCCUUCAACGUGUCUGCGAAAACAGCGAUUGUUACAGGUGGUGGAUCAGGAAUCAAUUUCUCUUUUGCUGAACUUCUCCUCGAGCGUGGCUGCAAUGUUGUCAUCGCUGACAUUGCCUUAAGGCCCGAAGCGGAGGAAUUGGUAUCAAAACACCAGGGCCCUAGCAAGCCACGAGCAGUAUUUGUGAAAACCGACGUCACAUCCUGGCCAGCCCUUUCCCAUAUGUUCGACGUUGCCCUUAAAGAAUUUGGCGACUUUGAUAUUCUCUGCCCAGGAGCUGGUGUCUACGAGCCUCACUGGUCCAACUUUUGGCAUCCACCCGGUUCGGCUGAGAGCAAGGAUAGCAUUGACGGAGGCCACUACAAGCUCUUGGAUAUCAAUAUCAAUCAUCCUAUCCGCGCAACCCAGCUUGCCAUUUCUCACUGGCUGCAUCCUUCAAAUGCGGCCACUGUCAAGGCUUCGCCAGCUAAUCCCAAGCGAAUCGUACACAUUUCGUCCGUUGCUGGACAGGUGCCUAACAUCAACGCCCCGCUUUACUCUGCUUCCAAGUUUGCCAUCACUGGUUUUGUGCGGAGUCUCGCUCGGCUAGACGAGACGGAUGGAGUUCGAAUCAAUGCCGUCGCACCUGGUGUUGUCCGCACGCCCUUAUGGACAGACCACCCAGAGAAGCUGAUUAACUUGGACGAGAGCCAAGACGGCUGGGUUACCCCACGGGAAGUCGCUGAAGCUAUGCUGAGAUGUGCUGAAGAUGAUGCGGUUCCUGGAGGAUCCAUCUUGGAAGUCGGCAAGGAGAACACACGUUUGGUUCAAAUAUUCAACGAUCCAGGGCCCGACUGGGACCCUAGAAGGGGCUUGAUCGCAAGAAAUGUUUCAAAGGGCACAGAAAUGGUCUUCGCUUGGCUCAAGGAUGCGAGCCAAUGGGCUGUCGGUAGGAGUUAG